GGUUGGGUCGGGUUCUACGGGUUGUGUAAUCCAAAAUCCAAACCCAACCCAAAAGAGGCGGGUUGUACAAAACAAAACCCUCACCCAACCCAAAAUCUUUGUUUUAGCGAUAAAUACGGAUGGGUUGGGUCGGUUUGGACGGGUGGGUCGGUUUGCAGGUAUGUUUGUUCACCCCUACUCAAUAGGAUUUUAAGUUGAGAGUUGAGACCCUAUUAUUAGCCGUCAUAAUUGGGCUUCGCAAAUGGCCUGUGUUCCCCUCGGAGAAAAGAAAAGAGUUGGGCCUUUGCACCUGACUAUUCGUACCCGUCUAAAUUGGGCCUUUCGGCCCAGAUCGAAAUGACGAACAAAAAACCCACCCCCGCCUUUCUCUGCUCCAGGUGAGCAAAAAUGGCGUCCUCAAUCUCGUCUCUCCAUCUCCAUCACCUCAUCUUCUUCUCAAAGCAUUCUCCUUCUACUUCUUCUUCUUCUGCGUUCACUUUCCUCAGACCUUCCCGCACAUCUCCUGCUCCUCUUCUUCUUCUCCUCCUGUGGAAUUUAACAUAACCUUCGCCCCUUCUAAACCCAAGCCCAAAUCCCAGUUCGAUUUCAUCGACGGCGGCACCGGCCGCCAGCUUUUCAUUCCCUGGAUUACCCGCGGCGAAGAUGGAAACCUCCAACUACAGACUCAAUCGCCUUCUCGUCUCCUUCACGAGCUGGCUAAUGCCAAUACCGGGAAGCCCAAGAAGAAGGAGAAGCCGAAGAAGCCGGUUAAUGUCGGCGCUACUGCUUCAGCUGCUGCCCCGCCGCCACCGACCCGCUCCAAGGCUGCUAGGAGGUUCUAUAACGAGAAUUUUAGGGACUCUGCUCAGCGACUCAGCAAAGUUCUCGCCGCUGCUGGAGUGGCUUCUAGAAGGAGCAGCGAGGAGCUGAUUUUCGCAGGCAAGGUGACUGUUAAUGGUUCUGUGUGCAAUACUCCGCAGACUCGGGUUGAUCCUGCCAAAGAUAUGAUUUAUGUUAAUGGAAAUCGACUUCCGAAGAAGUUGCCUCCAAAGGUUUAUAUAGCCCUUAACAAGCCGAAAGGGUACAUUUGUUCAUCUGGAGAGAAGGAGUCGAAGUCUGUGAUGGAACUUUUUGAUGAUUAUUUGUCAGGUUGGGGAAAGUUGAAUCCAGGUCUGCCUAAACCGAGAUUGUUCACCGUUGGGCGCCUUGAUGUUGCUACGUCUGGGUUGAUUAUUGUGACUAAUGAUGGAGAUUUUGCUCAAGCAUUGACACAUCCUUCAUUCAAGUUGACAAAAGAAUACAUAGCAACUGUAGAAGGUACUGUUGGAAACCGCCAUCUGAUGGCUAUCACUAAAGGGACAGUUGUUGACGGUGUACACUGCACACCUGAUUCUGUUGAGCUGCUACCACGUCAACCAGAUAUGCCAAGAGCUCGACUUCGUAUAGUGAUAUAUGCUUUGAAGCGUGUACGUAUUGGUGGUAUUGGUGGUUACAGGCUUCCAGUAGAUCUAGGAUAUAUGCGUUGAAGCGUGUACGUAUUGGUGGUUACAGACUUCCAGUAGAUCUAGGGAUUGGAAAGCAUAUUGAACUUAAACUAGGCGAUCUGAAGGCAAUAGGCUGGAAGGGUUGAAGUUGGGAGUUAUCUACAAAUUACUCUAUCAUUUCUACCCAACAGCGACCUGGUUUGAAGAUAUCAAGGGAUUUUUACAGUCUUAACUCAUAAAUAGUGGAGCAUUCAACUCACCUAGGUGUUCGAAAGAUAUGCCUCCAUUAAUAGAUCCCCUUGUCUACUCGUAAGGCCCGUGCUCCCUUGUGGUUGAAGUUUUGAGGCAAUUUUACGACAUCAGAUGACCUUGCUAGAUUAGCUCGAUGAAUGUAAAUGUCAUUGCAAGCAAAUGUAUGCCACAAUAUGUCAUUCCUUGUAGAGACGUGACGAUUAUAGUGUUGAUUGUUCGUUAAGUGUUCCAUGAAUUUCUUCCAGCUUUUAGAUGAGCAAUAUGUCGUUGAGCAAGAGUACUGUGUUUCCUUUAUAUCCCCAGCGAGUUCUAGCUCCUUGUCCCGAACUCCGGAUCGUAAAAUGGGCAGAGAGUGUGCUGUUGCUGCUACCUGGCCGACGGUAUACAGUUUGCCCGAAAUGGAGUUUGAAUAUGACAGAACAGGAAGGGACAUAUUGUGUAUGCAUAAAUGUAGCAAGUAGUAGUAGCUUGCAUGUGGAAUGGGGGAAAUAGCUGAGCUGUUUAUCAGUUUUUGUAUGUACAACUGUGGGACUUCACCCUCCACAUGCCAUUUGCCUGCAUCUGAUGUUGAAUGUUGGUUUGUGAAUGAGUAGAACAAAAAAUGAAAGCUCAAGUUCUGGAUUUAACUUUUAUUUGAUUCCUUCUUUAAGGUAUGGAGACAUGUAUACAAUCCAAUAGACCGAGAAGAACAUUUCCUUGUUCAUAUCAUCAUGGUACGCUUUCUUACCAUAUGAUAUUAAAUAUGAGCAUACCAUAUGG